GAAGGAGCAGCCACUGGUUGGAAAUCUUACCCCCCUCGCUUAAUCUACGGCAAACUUUUUUGCUAGCGGGCAAAAUUAGCGCGCAAAGUUGUAAAGUCCACAACCGCUCACAAGCCCCAAAAAAAUUCCCUAAGCGAAUUUCUCGAGAGCCGACAUCAAAGAAAGAGAGAGAGAGAAAUCAAUUAACAACUCCAUCACACUCUACAUUUCUCUCACUUACACGACAACACCGGCAAGAUGGGUCACGCCGCAGGUCUCCGCGCUGGCACUCGAUACGCCUUCUCUCGAAACUUCCGAGAGAAGGGUGCGAUCCGCCUCUCCACCUACCUACAACAGUACAAGGUCGGCGAUAUCGUUGACAUCAAGGCCAAUGGUGCUGUCCAGAAGGGUAUGCCUCACAAGGUCUACCACGGCAAGACCGGUGUCAUCUACAACGUGACCAAGUCGGCCGUUGGCGUCAUCAUCUACAAGAAGGUCAGGCACCGGUACAUCGAGAAGCGAAUCAACGUCCGCAUCGAGCACAUCAACCGAUCGCGGUCGAGAGAGGACUUCAUCAAGCGCGUCAAGCAGAACGCCGAGCUCAAGAAGAAGGCCAAGGCCGAGGGCGUCACCGUCACCGUCAAGCGACAACCCGCCCAGCCCCGCGACGCCCGAAAGGUGUCCUUCACGGACAACUACCCCGAGACGGUGGUCCCCAUCGCGUACGAGACGACCAUCUAAAACAAGCCGACGAGGUUAUAAAAAACGAAGUUUAAUGAUGGUUAGUUUAGUCGUAUCUGGUGGGUGCGUCGUGGGUGUAUGCGCGCGCGUGUGAUAGGUGUUUCUGGGUUCUCUGCCGGCUUGCUCUUUUCUCAUUGCAUUAGGGGUUUUUCGCGGCACGGAAUCUCGAUCUUCUGUGCAUGGCAAGGCAUGGAUGGACAUAGGCAAUGCCUAGGAAUGACAAAAAUAUACCAAAUGCCAACGACCCGCUUCCGAAUUCGUGACUGAGUAAAGUUAUAUCAUAGCAUCUUGGGGCUGGCCACUCUCAUGAAGCUCUCUCGAUAGAGUAUGUCCUAUAGGUUAAUCUCUUAAACUAAUACCUAUGUCACGAGCCUAUAUCGAAAUCGAUCAUGACCGUACCUAAGUUACGAUCCCCCUCCCCAUAACAGCUUCGAGGCGUAGCAAACGAC